AUGGCAUUGCACUCUGAGGGGCCUUAUGUUGGACUCCCUUCCUUCGAGCAGAAAGGUUUGACGGCACUUGUUACCGGUACGAAUGGUAUCAGCGGACAGCACAUGCUCCGCGUGCUAGCCAAGAAUCCAGAUUUAGCUCUUGGCUUUCUCUCGGGCACUGACAAUAUAAGGGCGACCUUGCAGGCCAACAACAUUACCAAGGUUGACUAUGUCUUCUUCUUUGCCUACAAAGAGUCUUCUGGCCCCGAAGGAGAGCUUUAG